UGCGCAGGCGCGCUGGAGGGCCUUUAGUGUCCUGGUGCGCAGGCGCCGGGGGAGCUGCCCACCGAAGUAGCAAUGGACGCGCUUGAGUCGUUGUUGGACGAGGUGGCCCUCGAGGGGCUUGAUGGCCUGUGUCUGCCUGCGCUGUGGAGCCGUCUGGAGACGCGAGUGCCGCCCUUCCCCCUGCCUUUGGAGCCCUACACGCAGGAGUUCCUGUGGCGGGCCCUUGCCACGCACCCGGGCAUCAGCUUCUAUGAAGAGCCUCGAGAGCGACCCGACCUCCAGCUCCAGGACCGAUACGAAGAGAUUGACUUGGAAACCGGAAUUUUGGAGUCCCGGAGGGAUCCAGUCGCUUUGGAGGACGUCUACCCCAUUCAUAUGAUUUUAGAGAAUAAAGAUGGCAUCCAGGGCUCUUGCCGGUACUUUAAGGAGAGGAAAAACAUAACCAAUGACAUCAGGACCAAGUCUUUACAGCCCCGCUGUAUGAUGGUGGAGGCCUUUGGCAGGUGGGGAAAGAGACUGAUCAUCGUCGCCUCCCAGGACAUGCGGUACAGGGCCUUGAUAGGCUUGGAGGGUGACCCCGACCUGAAGCUCCCUGACUUCUCCUACUGCAUUUUGGAGCGGUUGGGCCGGUCCCGGUGGCAAGGCGAGCUCCAGCGUGACCUCCACAGCACUGCUUUCAAGGUUGAUGCCGGGAAGCUCCACUAUCACCGGAAAAUUCUGAACAAAAACGGGCUCAUUACGAUGCAGUCACAUGUGAUCCGAUUACCUACCGGAGCCCAGCAGCACUCGAUCCUUCUCCUCCUGAAUCGGUUUCACGUGGACAGGAGGAGCAAAUAUGACAUCCUCAUGGAGAAGCUCUCGGGUGUGCUGAGCACACGGAGUAACCAGAUGGAGACCCUGGGCAGGCUGAGAGAAGAGCUGGGGCUGUGCGAAAGGACGUUUAAGCGGCUGUACCAGUACAUGCUGAAUGCUGGCCUCGCGAAGGUGGUGUCUCUCCCCUUACAAGAGAUUCACCCUGAGUGUGGACCUUGUAAGACAAAGAAAGGGACGGACGUCAUGGUGCGCUGCCUCAGGCUGCUGAAGGAAUUUAAACGGAAGGUCGAGGACGACCACGACCAGGACGACGAUGAGGACGAGGAGGUCAUCUCCAAGGGAGUACCCCCGGUGGACAUCGUGUACGAGCGGGACAUGCUCACGCAGACCUACGAACUCAUUGAGCGCAGAGGCACGAAAGGAAUUUCCCAAGCUGAAAUCCGAGCGGCUAUGAACGUGGGAAAGCUGGAGGCGAGAAUGCUGUGUCGUCUUCUUCAGAGAUUUAAGGUUGUCAAGGGUUUCAUGGAGGAUGAGGGCCGGCAGCGGACCACCAAGUACAUCUCGUGCGUAUUUGCAGAAGAGAGCGAUCUCAGCCGGCAGUACAAGAGAGAAAAGGCCCGAAGCAAGCUGCUGACCACAGUGAGCUUGGCCUCGGUGCAGGAGGAGUCCCUCCUGCCCGAGGUGGAGGACAGCUUCCUCUCCGACUCAGACAGCGAAGAGGAGCGCGGCAGCAGCAGCAAGAGGAAAGGCAGAGUGUCCCAGGGCGACGGGAGAGCCUGCUUCGGCGCCGGUCUCGGGACCCAGCCUCAUCACUCCACCCCAGCGAAGGGUGGCUGGAAAGUAAACCUCCACCCUCUGAAGAAGCAGCUGCCCUCCUCCCUGGCGGUGGCCGAGGAGAAGGCCUGCCAGAGCUCUGCGGGCGGGGACAGCCUCCUGGACACCAGCGCCUCCUCGUACCCCGGCGCGCCCUUUGGCUCCCACUGCAUGGAGAGUAACAGUGGCGACAUGACCGUGAUCGAAGAGGUCAGGCUUGAAAACCCAAAGGAGAGUGGCAGUUCCCAAAAGACGGGGAAACACGGCCCGGGCCAAGACAAACCCCACGAAACCUACCGGCUGCUCAAACGCAGGAACCUGAUCAUAGAAGCCGUCACCAACCUACGCUUAAUCGAGAGCUUGUUCACGAUUCAGAAAAUGAUCAUGGAUCAGGAGAAGCAAGAAGGCGUGUCUACCAAGUGCUGUAAGAAGUCCAUCGUCCGCUUGGUGCGGAACCUGUCCGAGGAAGGUCUCUUGAGACUGUACCGGACUACGGUUAUUCAGGAUGGAAUCAAGAAGAAGGUGGACCUGGUCGUGCACCCAUCCAUGGACCAGAAUGACCCGCUCGUGAGGAGUGCCAUCGAGCAGGUGCGCUUCCGGAUCUCCAACUCCAGCAUGGCAAACAGGGUUAAAGUGGUCCAGCCUCCAGCGCCUCAAGCAGAAGCUGAAGAAGAAAGUCCAGAAAAAGAGGGUCCGAGCGGAUCAGGAGACUCUCAGCUGAAUACUUCCUCCAAAUCAGAAACCGGACGGGUGAAAAAAACGGAUGAGAAAAUGGGCAUCACCCAGCUGAAAAAUUAUCACCCUGUUGUAGUUCCAGGACUUGGCCGUUCUCUAGGAUUUCUGCCCAAAAUGCCUCGCCUGCGGGUGGUACACAUGUUUCUGUGGUACCUAAUCUACGGGCACCCUGCCAGCCAUGUGCGGACAAAGCUGGGCCUUGGCAGUGAAAGAAGAAUGGGAAAGCAGGAGUCAGGCAGGAUGGGAGUCCGGCCCUUCUCCAGAAAUUACAUGGAGACCUCCUCUGAUGCCCUGCCCAAGGACAGCCUAGGGGGAACCUUCCUGGAGACUGAAGUGGAGCCCCCCACGGAGAAAGUGUAUGUGGAUGAAGCCUCGUGGAUGCGCUAUGUCCCUCCCAUCCCUGUCCAUAAGGACUUUGGCUUCGGCUGGGCUCUCGUCAGUGACAUUCUCCUCUGCCUGCCCCUUUCCAUCUUCAUUCAGAUUGUGCAAGUCAGUUAUAAGGUAGACAACCUUGAGGAGUUUCUGAACGACCCUCUGAAGAAGCACACACUGAUCCGCUUUCUCCCCAGGCCCAUCCGACAGCAGCUUCUGUACAAGAGACGCUACAUUUUCUCUGUGGUGGAGAACCUUCAGAGGCUGUGCCACAUGGGGCUGCUGCAGUUCGGCCCCACAGAAAAGUUUCAGGACAAGGAUCAGGUGUUCAUUUUCUUGAAGAAGAACGCGGUCAUCGUGGACACCACCAUCUGUGACCCACAUUACAACCUGGCCCGCAGCAGCCGGCCCUUCGAAAGGCGUCUUUAUGUCCUGAAGUCCAUGCAGGAUGUGGAGAACUACUGGUUUGACCUGCAGUGCGUCUGCCUCAACACCCCUCUAGGUGUGGUGCGCUACCCGCGCAUCAGGAAGAACGGCACCCAGGAUGAGGGCACUGAUGAGGAGGGCAGUCUGCAGAAGGAGCAGGAGAGCGCCAUCGACAAACACAAUCUGGAGCGCAAGUGUGCCCUGAUGGAGUACACCACGGGGAGCCGUGAGGUCGUGGACGAAGGCUCGAUCCCCGGGGACGGGCUGGGAGCCGCCGGGCUCGAUUCUAGUUUCUACGGGCACCUAAAGCGUAACUGGAUCUGGACCAGCUACAUCAUCAACAAGGCCAAGAAGGAGAACACCGCAUCUGAAAAUGGGCUCAUGGUGAGACUCCAGACGUUUCUGUCCAGGCGCCCGUUGCCACUCAGUGCUGGAGGCAGUGGCAGGUUGAAUAUCUGGGGGGAAGCCAGAGCAGGAUCUGAGCUCUGCACUGACAGGGAAGAGCAGUUCGAGAUGGACCGAGAGCCCACACUGGACCGGAACUGGAGAGUGAGGGGUGGGAAAAGCCAGAAGCGGAAACGGCUGAAGAAAGACCCCGGAAAGAAGAUCAAGAAAAAGAAAAAAGAAGAGUCCCCCAAAGAGAAAAACAGGAGGCUGCGUUACCACGAUGAGGCCGACCAGAGCGCGCUGCAGAGGAUGACCCGGCUGCGCGUCACGUGGUCCAUGCAGGAGGACGGGCUGCUCAUGCUCUGCCGGAUCGCCAGCAACGUCCUCAAUGCCAAGGUAUCGGGCCCCCGGGCCCCUGCCCCUCCCUGGCCUGCCGCCUCGCUUUCCCUCUCCAUCGCCAGCAACGUCCUCAAUGCCAAGGUGAAGGGCCCAUUUGUCCCCUGGCAAGUUGUGCGGGACAUUUUGCACUCCACCUUUGAAGAGUCUCUGGAUAAAACCUCCCAUUCGGUCGGACGAAGAGCUCGCUACAUAGUCAGAAACCCCCAAGCCUAUCUGAACUAUAAGGUUUGCCUGGCCGAGGUGUACCAGGAUAAAGCACUUGUCGGGGACUUCAUGAAUCGAAAGGGCGACUACGAAGACCCAAAGGUUUGUGCCAAUGAGUACAAAGAGUUUGUGGAGAAGCUCAAGGAGAAGUUCAGUUCAGCCCUGAAGAAUCCUAAUCUUGAAACCCCAGACACACUCCAGGAGCUGUUUGCCAGAUACCGAGUUUUGGCGAUUGGAGACGAAAAGGAUCUGACCAGGAAAGAGGAUGAACUUAAUAGCGUGGAUGACAUCCACUUCCUGGUGCUCCAGAACCUGGUCCAGAGCACGCUGGCCCUCUCAGACAGCCAGAUGGAGUCCUGCCGGUCGUUUCAGACUUUCCGCCUGUACCGGGAAUACAAGGACCAUAUUCUGGUGAAGGCCUUCAUGGAGUGCCAGAAAAGGAGCUUGGUCAACCGGCGCCGCGUCAACCACAUGCUCGGCCCGAAGAAAAACCGGGCUCUGCCCUUCGUGCCCAUGUCCUACCAGUUGUCCCAGACCUACUACAGGAUUUUUACUUGGCGAUUUCCAAGCACCGUCUGCACAGAAUCGUUCCAGUUCUUCAAGAAAAUCCUGGCCGCCGGCAAGUUGGACCAGCCUGAUAAUUUUUCCUUCAAAGACCAGGAUAAUAAUGAGCCUGCACGCGACAUGGUGGCAUUUUCUCUGGACGGCCCCGGAGGACACUGUGUGGCCGCCCUGACCCUCUUCUCUCUGGGCCUCAUUUCCGUGGACGUCCGGAUCCCGGAGCAGAUCGUGGUGGUGGACAGCUCCAUGGUGGAGAACGAGGUCAUUAAGAGCCUGGGGAAGGACGGGGGCUUGGACGAGGAUGACGACGAAGAGGAAGACCUGGACGAGGGCUCUGGGGGCAAGCACCGGGCCAUCGAGGUGAAAGCCCGCCAGGCCUCCCACACCAACUACCUGCUGAUGCGGGGCUACUGCGCGCCCGGCAUCGUCAGCACCCGCAACCUGAACCCCAACGACAGCAUCGUGGUGAACUCCUGUCUGGUGAAGUUCCGGCUCCGCCGCACCCAGGCGCCCACCCGGCUCUGGCCCAUCGUCACAUCUCUGGAAGAGCUCCCCGUGGGAAUAUCCUGCCUCCCCGACACUUUCACCAGGCUGAUCAACAGCCAGGAGGGCCCCUGCAGCUUGGAUGAGUUUGUCCACCAGGUGGAGCUGUCCGGGUAUGAACCUGGAGACGUGUGCGCGGCCCUGGAGGUCCAGGGGGCCAUUGCAGCCACGGGGUGCUUCGGGGUAGACCGAGUGGAGCUGAGCAGGUGGUUCUCCGCCUUCGAGGGGACAGAUGGCGAGCGCACCAGGACCUUCGCAGACUACGUCCAGGACCUCUUGGAGUACCACCAGGUGGUGGAGGUCGGCGGCAACACUGUUCGCCUGGUGGCCAUGGCCUCUGCCCAGCCCUGGCUCCUGCACUCGGUGCGGCUAAAAGGCAAAAAGGAGGAUGUGGACGCUCAAAGAGAAGACCCCCGGAGCCCCCGGAGCACCAAGAGGCGUGCCAGCUGGACGAGCAGCGAUGUGGCCCAUCAGGGUGGGGAAACCGACCUGGAGAGUCCCCAGAAGCCCCCCGCUAAGAGGCCCGCGCUCCAGGAUGUGCGCUUGGCCCUGAGCCCCAGGCCCAGAGCAGAAGAGGAGCCGGAAGCCCCGGCGCCUGCUCCGCCGGCAGCUCCCGGAGACGCGGGCGUGAGGGAGCCUGCCCCGGGGGCGCUGGAGGCCGGGCGAGAGUUCCAAGAGAAUCUGAGGGCAGCCAGCCCUCUAGGCCAGGAGCCGCUGAGCUGCCAGGCCCAGCUUCCAGAGGGAUCUGAAGACCCCAGAGGUUCGGCAGAGAGUUCUGUGGCCGGCGGCCUGUCCCAGGCAGCAUGGGAAAAGGACUGCGAGGGCAUCUCGUUCGUCGCCCGCCCGUGGCGCAUCGUGGACGGCCACCUGAACGUGCCGGUGUGCAAGGGCAUGAUGGAGGCCGUCCUCUACCACAUCAUGACCAGGCCCGGCAUUCCCGAGACCUGCCUGCUGCAGCACUACCAGGGCGUCCUGCAGCCCGUCGCCGUGCUCGAGCUGCUCCAGGGCCUGGAGUCGCUCGGCUGCAUUAAGAGGUGCUUGCUGAGAAAGCCCGCGGCCGUCUCUCUCUUCUCCAAGCCCCGGGUCCAGGAGGCCCAGGCGCCCUCCAGCUUGAGCGACAGCCCCACGGUGUUCUACGAACCCACGCUGGACUGCACCCUGCGACUGGGCCGCGUGUUCCCCCACGAGGUCAACUGGAACAAGUGGAUCCACUUAUGAGGCGCGUGCGGUCACCACGACCCCCCUUCGCACCACUGGCUCCUGAGGAGGGGCUGACCGGUGGGGGGGAGGGCUCCACUUCGCCCCCGCGCGCACCCCACCCUGUCCAGCGCACAGGGGCAGGUCAGCGCCAAGCCUCCCCUCCGGCCCGAAACUCAGAAGAGGGCCACUCGCCUGCCCGCCCCAGGGCUCCCUCCGGCUGGCCUGACACCCCGCUAGGUCCCAGCGGGAGCUGUCGGGGAGCAACCGCCAGGAGACUCCGGCCCCCACUCUCCCCCUCUUGUUCCCAGGGCAUCUCGGCCCUUGCUGCCCGCACAGACACUGCCCUCGACGCUGCAGCCUGCCUCCUCUGGGGGGGCCGGGUUGUGGCGAGUUUGAGCGGCCCUCGUGGGCCUGGACUCCGAGGGCUUCCGAGUUGUGGCCGCCGUUGGGGAACAGAGCCGCCUGCCCGGGCCCCUGGAUCUUCGGUGUGGACCUCAGCCUCAUUGUCCUUUGGCCGGUGAGAGAUCGGGAGCCCACGCCGCUCAUGCCUCCGAUGCAGAUUACAGCCACCGUGGCAGAAAGCCCGAGUGCCCUGAGUGGCAGGGCCCCGGCGGGGACUUCCUCCGCUCCAGGCAGGACAUCUGACCCAGCCACCCAGAGAGGACCCUGCGCUUCCCUUUUUAUUAGCCUGGCGAGCCGCCCGGCAAGCCUGCAGCGGGAUGGGUGCUCCUUCCUGCUGGCUUGCAGCCCAGCAGCCAUGGAGGCCUUGGAUUUGUUUGUUCUUUUCACCUCUUUUCUCUUUAAAAAAAAAAAAAAAAAAAAAAUCUCUUGGCAUGUAUUUAUUUUGGUGUUUUUUUUUUUUAAUUAAAGUGAAGUCAAAUGCA